GGCAAUCCGUGUGUUGAGGUUUAUGUUAUCGGGUUCUAACUUCUAAUACUUACUAUUAUGAAAAGAAUAAAAAACCGCAUGAUCGAAAAUUUCAUAACAGCCACAUUGUUGCAAGCAGUAGGUUAACCCAAAUUCAUCAUCGAUCCGAAAAAGAAUUCCUUUAAGAAAUUCUAUCGAUACUCAAUAGUUGUCAUCCAAAACCGAAUUCCUUAACACUACAACUACAUCGCCAUCCAUCAGCAUAUCUUCUCCUACAAACAAUGGAGUCAUCGGUGAACGGCCUUGUGAGAUAUUUCCCUCGCGCGGGAAUGAUUUACCCCGAAGGAGACUUCCUUGGAUGAUAGCGAAGAGAUCACCAGCUUCGCUCGGUGCUUGAGCGCAAUGGCAUUAUCAAAAGAACCCGCGAUGUAUCAAUCAAGCAGAACCGAGACGCAGUCGACAAAGCGAUGGCCGACAUGUUCACCGUCGCCCUCGAGAAGCACAUCAUCAAGUGCCGAGAGGGAUGGGGUGGAGUGAUCUCUGUGUUCACGACCCUCAGACGAUAUAUCCCUUGAGCAUCGAAGAUCAAGGAGAUGCCCUUCAUCCAUCUCUGCUGUGUCCUCUCCAGGUCUCGUCGCGAUUGGCACAAGAACCCGCGUCCCCCUUCCGAAGUCAACGAGCAUUGCGCUAUGGCGAAGAGAAUUGUCGUCUUUAUGGAGGUUGUGGGCGACGAUGGUUGGUGGAGGGUUGGUCGUCUGUUCUUUGCAUUGCCAGAGUCCGACGAGGACGACGAGAGCGAAGAGGAGAAGGAGAUGAUGGUAGAGAAAGAGGAAGAGAUGGUGAUAGAUAAGGAGGAAGAGGAGGCUAUGGAGGACGAUCAACCAGAGGUCACUGCAAACCCUACCAUCGCUGCUCCCGCUUCUGAGGUCGGCCACUCCGAUGAUGGCGACAUCAACAUGACUGACGUUGGAGUGGCAUUUGAGAAGGAUUUGGCCCAGGAAGAGACGAUGGAUGGAGAUGAGAUGAUGGAAAUGGACUGAUGGGUUAUGAAAAGGGAGAGUAACUAACGCAUUCCCCCUAUACUUAUGAUACGUGUAAGGGGUGACUAGCCAGGCUAUGGGAAUUCAUCGGAGGAAAUACGAUUCGGUGGAGAGAAUCCCGAGUCUGUCAGUCGUCGGUCAAAUGAUUGAGACAGUACAGUUCAAACGGGAGGAUAUAUCCAUCGUGUAGUCGUUUGAAAUUAACCCCGUUAGCUUAUUCUUCUAUUAUUUCGAAAAUUAUGCUUUUUUAAGUGCUAUUAGGCCCUGUAGUGGUUUGUUGUAGGUGGUGAAG